AUGGGCCUUAAAAUAAUGUCUGCUUUAAAUUUAACCAACGAUUCAGUGGCCGAAAGCUAUGACAGUAUAGUUAAGCCAAACGAUGAUAAACGCGAUUAUAAGGCAAUCGUAUUAACAAAUGGUCUGAAAGUAUUGCUUAUUAGCGAUAGAGAGACCGAUAAGAGUGCGGCCGCUCUCACUGUUGGCGUCGGCUCUAUGAGUGAUCCCCGGGUUGUCCAGGGAUUGGCUCACUUUGCAGAGCACAUGCUCUUCUUGGGCACCAAGAAAUACCCCGAUGACAAUGAUUACUUCAAAUAUAUCACUAGUAAUGGCGGCUUUGCUAACGCUUAUACAGCGCAAUCAAACACCACGUAUUACUUUGAUAUCUCUACUAAUUAUAUCUCGGAAGCUCUCGAUAGAUUCUCGCAGUUCUUCGUUGAGCCGCUCUUCACAGAGAGUGCGACCGAUCGGGAGAUAAAUGCCGUCCAAUCGGAGUACGAGAGAGAUCUACCAUUAGAUGUGUGGCGUAACUAUCAGUUGGAUAAGACACUAUCGGAUCCCAAUAACGACUACAAUAAGUUUUCAAUUGGCAAUAUAGAGUCACUUAAAGAGAUUCCUUUGAAGAAUGGGACUAACGUUAGACAAGAGUUGCUGUCAUUUCACGAUCGCUGGUAUUCAGCAAAUAUCAUGUCUUUAGUUGUUUUGGGCAAAGAAAGCAUUAAUUCAUUGGAAGAAAUAGUGAUUCCGUUGUUUUCAGUGAUUAAACACAAGAGUGGAGUAACUCUUCCUAAAUGGCAGACAAACCCAUUGACCGCCGAUUGGCUGCGGAAACAGUAUUUUGUGGUUCCCGUCAAAGACAAGCGCUCUCUUAACAUAGCGUUUCCCAUAACAGAUAUGUCCGCGCAUUACAGGUCAAAACCGUUCCGCUAUUUGGUAUACCUUAUCGGACACGAAGGUCGGGGAAGUUUGCUGUCGGAGCUGAAGGCCAACAACUGGUGCACCACUUUGACCGCCGGAAACCUACUUUGGUGGCCAACAGUGGGCAUAGAAUUUGAUUAUUUUUAUAUAGAUGUUGACUUAACCGAUGAUGGAAUAAAUCAUACUGAUGAUAUUAUUAUCUUAAUAUUUCAAUAUAUUGCUAUGCUUAAGAGUGAAGGAAUUAAACAAUGGAUUUGGGAUGAAAUCAAACAAAUGCUUGAAAUUGAUUUUCAUUAUCAAGAUAGAUCACAACCAAUUAAUUACGUGUUAAGUUUGGCCGAUAAGUUGUUGUUAUACCCGAUUGAAGAGAUAUUGCGUGUGUCUUAUCGUAUGGAUGAGUACAGACCAGAACUGAUCGCACAAUCGCUCAAUGAGUUGAGCGCCGAUCGGAUGCGAGUGAGAGUUGUGGGCAAACAGUUUGAGUCAAUCGCCGAUCAGACGGAGCGAUGGUUUGGAACCAAAUACUCACUCCAAGACAUUCCUCCGGAGAAGAUUCAGUUGUGGCUAAACAUUGGACUCAACGAUCGGUUAGCACUUCCGCCGCCCAAUGACUUCAUUCCCUAUAAUCUAAACGUCAAACCAAUUGAAGACAACAAUCAAACAAUACCUCAAAUGAUUAGAAACACAGAAUUUUCUCGCAUUUGGUAUUUACAGGACUUUGAAUACAGAAAACCUAAAGCCUAUUAUGCGUUCAAAUUAACAAAUCCCAUUGUAUCUGACAAUCCGCUCAAUGAAAACAUGGCCCAACUCUUCACCCGAUUAUUCCGGGAUUCAGUCAAUGAGUACUUAUAUGCGGCAGAAAUGGCUGGGCUUUGGUUUAGCAUGAGCUCAGGUCUCACAGGCAUUACUCUCAUACGAACUGUCGAUGACUUGACUGUCGAUAAUGUCUCCCAAUUUAAGGAUCAAUUUGUGUCCCGUUUUCAUAUCGAGUCCUUUAUCUAUGGAAAUAUACUCAAAAGUGAAGCCAUCGAUGUUUGCGAUGCAUUUGAAGGCAAAUUCAAAUCUCAGCUCAAGACUAAACCCAUCGCUCUUUCGCAGCACUUCUUGAAUCGUGAGAUCUAUUUGACUGAAGGAUCCGAUUAUGUGUUUGAGACCAAGACUUCAGUGCAUAAAACAAAUGGCAUUAAAAUCUAUUAUCAAAUCGGAGUCAGAGAUACGAAGACUAAUGGGUUGUUAGGACUCUUACAGCAAAUUUUAAAACAACCAUUUUUUGACAAAUUACGGACUAAACAGCAAUUGGGUUAUGUUGUCUGGGCAUACAUUAGAGGGGCUAACGGCAUGAGUUUUCUCAUUGAAUCCGAUUAUAAGCCGAGUUUUCUAAACGAGAGAAUCGAGGCUUACAUUCAAUGGUUUACCAAAUAUAUUGAAGACAUGAAUGAAACUGAUUUCGAGACUCAAAGACAGGCAUUGAUUACCAGAAAACUCGUGAAACCAAAGAAUUCAUGGGAUAAAUGCUGGACUCUUUGGGCUGAAGUUAUGUCCAAAGAGUAUAAUUUCAAUCGAGAGGAGAUUGAAGUGAAGGCUAUUAAAGAGAUUACAAAACAAGACAUCAUUGACUUUAUGAAGAAACAUUUGUCCCACGACUCCCCCGAUCGCUGCAAACUGACUGUCAGUAUAGUAACUGAUAAUCCAAUUAAUGAAAAGGAUGGAAAAGAUUGUAACACCGAUGAUAUGCCGACACCAACUGAAAUACCGGUGAAUUUAAGAGUGGACACGAAUUGAAAACAUAACUGCAUUUAAGGCACAAUUCGGUCGCUAUUCUCGUCCCAAAC